ACGGCUUCGAGGCAGAGAUAUACCAAAUUUUGUGAUAGAUCAGUUUGGAGUCCUGACCUAUCACGUAAGAGACAAGGAAGUUUAUUAGGCAGACACUAAUCAGAUCCAAAAUGGUACUCGAAUUCUCACUGGUUCAAAUUUCAGCAGGAACUGCGCCACAUCCUUUGCUUACAUCGUCACAUUCAUCGCAGACAUCGUCAUGAAAUCCCGCUCAAUGUUAAAUCAAGUCUCUUGACAUUCAUGAAACCUAGGUAGAUACUUAUGCAGCUAUUUAAAUUCAUAUGUCGCAGCGAACUGUUCCUUCGCCUCUCGAGGUUCUAUAUUCUAGACCACACGACUCUACCGAUGAGAGAAUCGAGAUUGACAUAAUUGCUGUUCAUGGUCUCGGAUCGAAUGUGGAUUGGUCGUGGAUUUGGAAAGAUGGCGUUAAACAAAUCCACUGGCUUAAAGAUCCUGAUAUGCUCCCCGCGGUAGUACCAAACGCUCGGAUUAUUACUUAUAGUUACGAGUCGCGAUGGCACGCGAAUGCCCCUAAGACACGUCUUGAGCUCUGCGGCGAAGAACUAGCAAGAAGCAUACAUGACUUCCGGGCUGAGAUACAAGACCGCCCCGUACUCUUCAUUGCUCAUAGUCUCGGUGGGUUGGUUGUAAUACAUGCCUUGUUAUACGCCAAUCGAACUGAAGAUUUGAAAUAUCUGCCUCAAGAAACGGCUGGUUUUAUUGCCCUCGGGACCCCUUUCAGAGGCACUGGAAUGCACAGUCUGGCGGAGACCGUCACACGAUUCUUAACUCCUCUUGGUUCUCACGAUGGGCUUUUCACCGAUAUGAAACUAGAUGACAAGCAUCUGGCUGAUAAGGUGCAUGAAUUCUGCGAGUUGAGGAAUAAAUUAGAGAUACCAUCAUGGUGUUUUAUCGAACUACUCGAAUCAGACUACGGGAAGAAAGUCGGCAUUCCAUGGGUUUUCAAAGGAAUAGUAGUUGAAGAGGCCUCCGCCCAUAUUCCCGGUUGGGGUCGAACUGGUCUGAAUACGGAUCACUUUUACCUGAACAAAUUCUCUGGUCCGGAUGACGGUUCUUUUAUGGCUGUUUCAAGGGAAGUUCGUCAAAUGUAUACUAGAGUAUAUACUAAAUUGGGUCACCCUAGAAAGCCACUUCAAUUUAAAGAAGAGAGCGGCCAAGAUGACCUUCAGCAAAUACCUACCGGUUCCGAGGACCGAUUCAAGGAAAUGCUCCAAGCUCUAUAUUUCGGACAAAUUAAUUCUCGGCGUCAUAAUCUUGCUUUACCUAGUCCAAACACUUGCACUUGGAUUUUGGGUACAGCCCAGUACAAGGAUUGGGUGAGCCCAACGAAAAGCCUCCUCCACGACAACAUUUUAUGGAUCAAAGGUAAACCAGGAGUAGGUAAAUCGACCCUCUUAAAUUUCUUAUACGAGGAGUCGGAUAGAAUGAUGCCAGACACGAAGAAAUUUUCAUUUUUCUUCAACGCGAGAGGAAAUCAGCUGGAGAAGUCAACUAUUGGCCUUUGUAGGGCGAUCCUGUGGGACAUUCUCCGAACCUUCAAACAUCUAAUCAAGGUGUUCGAUGAUGUGAUCUUGGAUUAUAUCAAGACGGACGGGUGGAAAGAACAACAUAUAUACAACUUACUAGGGCGAGCUAUCGGGAGGCUAAGAGAUCAGCCACUAGUGUGUUAUAUCGACGCGCUUGACGAGUGUCCCGAAGACCAAGUUCGAUUCAUGGUCGACCAGUUUCGCAAGAUUAGCAACAGAGCCACGAAGUCUGGGAGCGGAUUCAAAAUAUGUCUCUCCAGUCGGCACUACCCUAAUAUUUCUAUCAGAAAGAGUCUCAGUUUAACCCUCGAAGAACAUUAUCAGCACGAACUAGAUAUGCGGUGUUAUAUCGACUCAGAACUCAUCGAUCAGGUCGAGAAAGUGGAUCGGGAGCAAGCAAUCCGCAUCCAAGACAAAUUACUAAAGAAGUCAUCGAGUGUCUUUCUUUAUGUUAAACUGGUAAUCGGCAGGAUAAAGAAAGAUUUCGAUAAUGGGAUGGCGAAUGCGAAAACGCUCGAGAGGCGACUAGAUGGAUUACCUAAAGGAUUGAGCGCUUUAUACUGCGAAAUGUUAGCCCGAAGAUCCGAGGAUGUAGACGAUGACGAGGAUGACGAAGAUGUAGAAGCCACGCGCGUGUGCCUUCGAUGGGUAUUGUUCGCAUUGCGGCCAUUGGAACCAGUCGAACUCUACUACGCAAUCCGACUCAACCUUCGAGAUGACACUGCAUUAGACGGCGAAGACAAACCCUCGAAGGAAACCAUGCGUCGUUUCAUACUGAGGUCUUCCAAGGGCUUCGUGGAAAUUUUAAGUGAUAAUCGACGUAAACAUACUGUACAAUUUAUCCACGAGUCUGUUCAGGACUAUUUCCUAAGCGAAAGUGGGCAUCGGGUAUUAUACCCAUCUUUACGUGGCUCAUUCCCAGGUGAAAGCCACGACGCGCUCAAGCAAGUGUGCUAUAAGGGUAUUAAAAAAGCGAUGUGUAAGCAAGAGUGGAAAGGCAAAUUAUACAAUCCGUUCCUGGCGAGUUAUGCGAUUCACGGUGCUCUGAUACACUCCGAAAAGGCUCAGUCAUUUGGCGUACAGCAGCGAGACUUCCUUUCCGACUUCUCGGUUGAUAUAUGGAUGAAAGCUUUGACCAAUUCUCGCUUUUUCAACAUAGGGGAUUUUAAUCGAUAUAACAUUGAAGUCGAAGAAGGCGGAUUUAUAUUAAAUGAGGGUGAAUCGAAUACCCACUUGCUCUACAUUCUUGCAAUGGCAGACCAACCCAAUCUGGUUCGUGCUCACCCAGAUCGAGCACGCCAUAUGGAAGUCAAGGGAGGAAGGUAUGGGGCCCCUUUAGCAGCCGCGCUGGCAUUCGGCCACCAAGAGAUUGUACGAGAUUUAGGACUUCAGGUAUUUCUCGAUCAAAAUCUCCCAAUAUCAUUUAACGAAGAAAAUGAUUUGCCAACCACGAUCAGCUGUCCCUACCAUCCUCACCGAGCAGUUGGGAUCCCAUUAUAUGAUCUUAUACACCUGGAUUGCGUUUCCGCUGUAAAGGUCUUAGAAUACAAGGGAGAAGACCUUAAUCAGUACAACUCUAAGUAUGGCAGACCGCUAUCUUGGGCUAUGCGAAACGAGGCUGUGCGUGUCGUCGAAUGGCUUCUUUCGCGGAAGCACGUCGACCCGAAUUUCCAAGACGAAGAUGGAAAAUCACCGUUGCAUUAUAUAUGUCAGGAGAAAUGGCACUCCUGUUGUGAAGAUUAUAAUAUCCAAGUUGAGUUGCUUCAACGUUUCCUCAAAAACUCAAGAGUUCUCCCCGACCUUCGUGAUAAAAAGGGAAGGACGCCAUUCUCCUAUGCCGCCGAAAAUGGGUUUCUGGAAGUGGCAAAAAUGCUCUUUGCGACUGGAUCAGUGGACAAAGACUCGAGGUGUGAUUUAGGGAGAAGCCCAUUAUCAUAUGCCUCGAAAAUACAACCUCACGAGGUGAGGAAUUCAAUGAGGAUGAUCCAAUGGCUUCUAUCCCUGGAAAAGGUUGAGCGCGACAGUCACGACGCUUCUAAUUGAAACCCAUUUUCCCAGACAGGUUGAUUUGGAGUUUCCGGUAGAAUUUGGAUAAGGACACGAAGAUACCUAGUAUAUAGAAUCUGGUAAUUCUUUCGACAUUGUAUUGUUGGAAGCCGUCGACAGUCACCUUGAUUCUUGAAUAGAGCAAGAACCAUUACAUAAUAAUUACAUAACUAUGAUUACGGC